CCCCACCCUCUCCACUGACUGUAAGCACGGACGUAGAAGUGGUUCGAGGUCCUGACGAGUCAACGCUGACCGAGGAAGAGGAGUAUGAGCAGUAGUCCUGAUGGAGUUUUUGCGCUGUUUGGAUACCGACUUUAACAACCAGAGCACCGAGCCGGACAAGGCCAGGCGCUCGGCUCCGAUUAGGAACUAACGGGAUUUGUUUGCACUGCGUGUUUCUCUCUGGAGAGGAAAGUCAGACAGGUUUGGAUAGCUCUUCCUGUUACCAAGUUGGCCGUUACCAAGUUUAUAUGUUGGGAUAAAACCCCAGCACGUCGCAUGCUUCUGUUUAGUCCGUAAGUAUGGAUACUCUCACGCAGAGGUAUGCGGGAUUUCCUGCGGGGGCGCCGCAAAGUUGCGGUCAGACGCGGUUAUUAGAGAUUUGGGCUUAAUAAUGCGAACUGGUCAGCCCUGAAACUUGUCGUAAAACACUGGUUGGCUGGACUGAAUGCUCCUUUCCUGCUAUUCUUCUCCCAUUCUCAGCGCUUCCUGCUUGUGGUGGCCACUGCACUUAAUGGCUAAAAAUACAUAAAAACUCAAAACGGACAGCUAAAUGUGGUUGGGACCUCAAUUUGGAAUUGCUGCGUUGUGAAACUCUUGGAAGUGUUUUCCAACAAGCUUUUGGAUCUAUUUAUUUUUUGUCCUCACAGCUUUUUUUAAAAACAAAAAAAAUAGAACACAACAGGUGGCAAGUGUGCAUUAGGGAAGAGAAGAGCCAGCCAUGAGAUGAUACAAGAGCCUCUUAAAUACAAGGGGGUGAAAUGAUCUUUUGCUCUAACCAUGUUUUUGGGGAACCACAUCACUUGAACAGAAAGAAAUUCCAUGGAGAUGGUGCUGCUUUUCUGAGCUACGAAGCAAUCGAUAAAACGGCAGCAAAUCUCUGGGCUUGUUGUGCAUUUUCAAAUGGCGAGCUUUGGAUUUAAUGUCAAGGCGAAUGAAAAACGCUUGCCAUUCAGUUAUCUUUGAAUCCUCCCCUGAAGCCCACCUGUUGGUCAAGCAUUUGAACACAUUUCACUGGUCCCUGAUGAACCAACAAGAAAGACAGGAAAGGGAGCGAGGCGCAAUAAAGUACUCCUUUGUACUUUAUUUUCAAACCCUUGGGGUGCAAAAUCUGAUCCAGUCCAAACAUCAGCUUGAGGCUCCAUGGAGCCGCUGAAGAACAUAUUCAGUCGCGGCCCACUGUCCAACUGGAAAAAUUUGGAACAAUCACAAAAAGGGAAUUUCACCAACCCUGUGUGGACGGCCUUAUUCGACUAUGAGGCAUCCUGUAAAGACGAGCUCACCCUGCGUAAAGGCGACCUGGUGGAAGUCCUGUCUCUGGACUCUGAAAUAUCAGGGGACGAGGGCUGGUGGGCGGGGAAGGUCAACAACAAGGUGGGCAUCUUCCCAUCCAAUUAUGGCUCCUUCAAACCAAAUGGAUAUGGGAAGCUUCCGGGCAGUGGCGUGGUGGCCGAGCUCGGCCCGACUGUGGUGGGGGAGUUCGAACCCAAGCCGGUGGAUUUCCGGGAGCUGAGUCUGGAGGAGGUCAUCGGGGUCGGGGGCUUUGGAAAGGUGUAUCGUGGCACAUGGAGAGGUGGGCUGGUGGCUGUGAAGGCUGCCCGGCAAGACCCGGAUGAGGACAUCAGCGUGACAGCACAGAAUGUCAGGCAAGAGGCGCGUUUGUUUGCCAUGCUCACUCACCCAAACAUCAUUGCCCUGAAAGGCGUCUGCCUGCAGGAACCCAACCUGUGUCUCAUCAUGGAGUACGCCUCUGGUGGGCCACUUAGCCGGGCACUAGCGGGGCGUCGCAUUCCGCCGCAUGUCUUGGUCAACUGGGCUGUGCAGAUCGCCAGAGGGAUGUUGUACCUACACAGCGAGGCCAUCGUCCCCGUUAUCCAUCGGGAUCUCAAGUCCAACAACAUCCUUCUGGCGCAGCCCAUAGAGAAUGAAUGUAUGGAAGGUUUGACGUUGAAGAUCACCGACUUUGGCCUGGCGAGGGAGUGGCACAAAACCACCAAGAUGAGCACUGCUGGAACCUAUGCCUGGAUGGCCCCUGAGGUCAUUAAGUCAUCCACCUUCUCCAAGGGCAGCGACGUCUGGAGCUAUGGUGUUCUGUUGUGGGAGCUGCUAACAGGAGAGGCACCCUACAAAGGGAUUGAUGGACUUGCUGUUGCCUACGGAGUCGCUGUCAACAAACUCACUCUGCCUAUCCCUUCCACGUGCCCCGAACCCUUCGCUCAGCUCAUGGAAGAGUGCUGGGACCAGGACCCCCACCGUAGACCCAAUUUCAGCUCCAUCCUGACCCAGCUGACCACCCUGGAGCAGCAGGUGAAGGAAGAGAUGCCACAGGACUCUUUCCACUCUCUGCAGGAUGACUGGAAGCUGGAGAUCCAGGACAUGUUCGAUGAACUCCGGGCUAAAGAGAAGGAGCUGCGUUGCCGUGAGGAGGAGCUGAAGCGAGCGGCUCUGGAGCAGAAGUCCCAUGAAGAGUUCCUGCGGCAGCGUGAGCAGCAGCUGGCCCAAUGGGAGCAGGAUGUGUUCGAGCGCGAGCUCACCCUCCUCAUCCUCCACCUGAACCAGAACCAGGAGAAACCCAACGUCAAGAAGAGGAAGGGCACCUUCAAGAAGCACAAGCUCAAGUGCAAGAAUGGCGAGAAGAUCAGCAUGCCUCAAGAUUUCAUCCACAAGAUUACAGUGCAAGCAUCCCCAGGCCUGGAGAAGAGGCGGAACUCUCCUGAUUUGGGUUCAGGCUCCUCACCCUCCUUUGGCCCACGUUUCCGUGCGAUCCAACUCAGUCCCAGUGACAACAGCAGGUCAUUUGGUCUGAGCCCGGCCUGGCCCCUAGAGGCACCCUCUCUCAAACAAGCCAAUGGAGACCUGAGGUUGGGCCCCCACUGGAGGCCCCAGAGCCCAAAAAGUCCCAAAAGCCCCAAAGUCCUGCGCCUUAGUCCCCAGGAAAGCAGUUUGUCGAUGAGGGCCAAGCUCCUGGGGUCUGACAGCAAUGAGAAUGGAGAUUCCAAGGAAGACUUUGAGGAGUACAGACCCUCCACGCCUAACCUUCCUGCUCAGAAUGGCUCCUCACUGAAGGACAGCCUGCGGCUUCCUCUACCUCAGCGAGACUCGUGCAGCGAGGAAGGGGGUUCCUCCCCGGCUGGCUCCCCCAGACCUGAGAGGGGUUCCCUCGGUGGCCUUGUUAGGAGCACCCACCGGGCCCUGCUGGGUGGUGGCUCCAUCCUGGCCUCCAUAGGACUUGGUCGCUGCCUGGAUAUUCCUCCAAGGGUGCCCCCUCGAACUAACCCCUCUUCCCUCGGUGACCGCACCCCAUCGGAACCAGAGAUCUCCCCCCCUAAACCUCUCAUUUCAGACCCCCCAGUAGUGGACGAUCUCAUCACCUUCUCCACCUUCUCCACCUCGGAGCUGCCCCCGAGACCACUCUUGGAUUUAGCUUUGCAGUACCAAGAACUGAAGCCCCUGCCCCUGACGCCACCUCCACCAAACCCGCGCGAGAGGAGCGGCCACCGGACACCACAGAUGCUGCAGAGUCAGCAGAGCCCACAGAGCCCGCAGAGCCCCAGGACCCCCUUGCAGCAUGGUAGGGCCAGCCCAAGUGAAUGGACCCCAUGUUCGCAUUCAACUAACGGGGAGCUGGGCUGUGAGGCAUGGGAGCACAAAGCUGACAGGAGGAGGAGGUCCAGCCAAGGCCUGCACGUCUCUCAGCUAGCUUUGGACCUACCCUUGUGCCAAGACACACAGGACCCUGAUGACAAACCCUCUAUCCACCCCAACCCAGCGCUCUGGAGCCCCAAAACCCGCCGCCUUGAGGUCAGUGUCAUCCCCCGUCCCCGCCCAUCCCCCAUCCGCCCUCGCAUUGACCCAUGGAGCUUCAUCUCAGCUGGUGGCGGAAACUCAGGUGGUGGCCGAAGCCCAAACCGCUCGGACAGCAACCUUCUGGGCUACCAGCCCUCCCCUACCAACCCUUUCCACAACUGUGACCCCUUCCCCUCACCUGACUGCGACCCAUUCACCCUCAAGGCUGACCCCUCGAGUGCCUCGGACACAGCCUCACCAUUUGACCCAUUCUCUGCCCCUUUUCCCACCUCCCGUUCUGCACCUUGCUCCACCAAUGGUUCUCCCACGCUGCCCUCUUUCCGCAUAGUACCCCUCAAUCCGGCAGACUCUCCCCUCAUUGAUCUUGGCUGGGCGGCUUGCAGCAAACCCCCGGAUGGCACCAAAGAGAGAGUUCAUCCGCGUAGGACACUGGGGCUGAAGCCCUUCAAGUCCCCGACGCAACUCAGAGACGACAGGUUCUAAAACCUGUGGUGGGGCCAUGCUUUUUAUUGCAGGAACACAGUCCAGAACCCUCUCCACUACUUGGAAUCUUUGAAAAAAAAAAAAAAAAAAAAAACGCACAGCCAUCACUCAACCCACCGAGGGAGGUUUCCCCUGUGGGAGCCUAAUUAUGCAGGUCUUAUUUACAUGCCAGCCUGCUGCUUUGGAAAACCAGAAAGCCAGUGAAAGGUGGUACAUUGGAUUGUGGGAAAGCUGCCUUUGAACCAAUAGCUGGUGCCCAUUUCAUUCUCCCUCUCUAUUUCUGUUUCUCUAUCCCUUUGAAGGAGCAGAACACAGAUCACUAGUCCCAUCUUCAGAUUCUAUCAGACUGCUCAUAUCACCUGCUUUCAUCUCCCCCCUACCUUUGAAGCAUUGUGACAAUGCAGAGGUGGAUAAGGCGACUUGCACAGCUUCAUCUGCCUCUACCUCUCUGCAGGCUGAAAGCAUUCAGGACAAUGGAAAUUGGAGUGCCUUAUUUCGUGAAGUGUUUUUAAUAUAUAUCUUUUCAAGGUUCCUUGAAUGGUUAAUCUUGUGCGUAGGGAAGAUGCUAUGAAUUUGGCUUCAAUUUGAAAAUCAGCUUAGCAUUUCUGUGGAAGAAAACGUUGUCUGUGUAUGCGCGUACAUGUGUGUCUAGACUCAUUGUUCAAGGAAAGCUGACUGUUUUUGUUCUUUAAGCACUGUCUGCCUGUUGCAUUAUGGGAGAAAGCUCUCAGAGUGGAUAGUCCAGGCCACUUGUGAAAUCCAAGACAAAACCAUGACCCAGGCAUUCCACUUGGAAAGAGAUAACAUUCCAGUCACAUUCCCGGGGAAAUGCCAGGGAUUGGACAGAUUCAUUUAGUUGGCAGGCUACACAGCACAGGAAACAAGACGGGGGAGCCCUCUGCAUUCCCUUUAUAUGCCAAAGAAUGCCUAUGUGACAGUGUAAGGGCUAGAAGAAAGAGUGUUUGCAAAUUAAUAGUUUUUACCUCCAAGGAGUGCCAACGGGUGGGGCUUGCCACACUGGACAGCACAGAGAGAGCUGAGACAAUCACAGAUAGUGUUCAAACAUAACUUUGAUACACUUUUUCCGUGGUUAUCUUUGAAUCCAGACUGUCUUAUCUCCACCUUUCUGAUGCUUUAGGAAGGUUCAACCAAAUACAUUUAAGUAUUUGCAAAUACAACACAAUGUCAGUGCGGAAGCUUCAUUGAGUACUUUAUUUGUACUUUGUCCCAAAUCCAUCUUACAAUUUGAUUAACACUUCUCUCCUUGACCUUAUUUAACAAACACACCUGUCACUCAGUUGUCAUCAAGUAAAUACGCUCUGUCUCACCCGACGCUAUGGUGGCCACUAAAAACGUGAAGAAAACAGGAGUUGCUGUCUUUGAACUAGUGUUUGUCCAUUCUAGGCCACUGUAGAAGCAUGGCAGUGUAACAUGGCAGACUCUGCCUCAACACAAUGAUUCUUAGUUUCAGAAUAUUGAAUAUUUGAUUCAAUUUCUUCCAUUAAACCCCCCUUAGUUGGCUCCAAAUCAUACAAGAGCUGCUGGUUUGUGGAAUUUGUUUCCAUUGGAUGCUCUUUCCCCUUGUUUCAGGUCUUUAUACUUAGCAAAGGUAAUUGUCUUAGACUGCUAACUGUCUUUUCAUCAGUCUUGCUCAGUAGUUAUAGUAUAUUUAUUUCAGACUUGUUAUUGGCUGGCGUUGCCAAGACUAGAGUAGGAAGGCUCCUGAACUCUUGUCCCUCUCAGUUUGUUAAAAAUCCAUCCUAAACCAUUUGAACACCGCUGAAAAGAUUCUGUUGAUAACUGUGAAGUUGUGUUGAGAGAACAGAUGCAGCAGAGAAUUUCAGCCGUGAACGUUAACACAGAGAGAAAUUCAUUGCAGAGAUAUCAAUUUUUUCCACCAGCAGCAGUCUCAGCAAUGUUGAAUGCACCGGAGCGGCAAACAACAAAACCUCCACUUUUGGUUCACUAUCAUAACCCAUUGUUCUAUGUAUUAAAUUGAACAUGUUCAGAGGGAAAGUGCAAAUACUUAAUUUAUAAGAAUUCUGGAAUGGGUUGGACAUCGCAGACUGAUGAUGCUGUACUGGUAUCCAAUAUUUUUUUUUUUCUGAAAAACUGGUUCCCAAGCAUAUGGACCAUUGACAUAAGCGGUAUAUGUUAAGCAACUGAAAGAGACCCCAUUCACAUUUAGCACCAAGUUGUCCUGUUACCCACGUCUUUGCUGGAGCAUUACAAGGUACAAAUACUGAUUAGGUUCAUCAGUGACACUGUGUCAUUGGAAGACAAUAAUAGCUUUGUUCUGAUGAAGAGAGAAAAACCUCAUCUCCAAAGGGGAAAGCUUUGUGAUUAGCCUAAUAAUCCUACUGACGAACAGAGGCGGCUGAUAGUGAUAAUUAGCCUCUUGAUAAGAGCAGAGAGCAUUAACAAAGCGUUCAGAUACUUGCUUAAUUAAUUGCCCCGUCGUUACGAAAAUGCCCUGCGUCCUCCUCACAAGGUGUCAAGCUGCUCCCUUCAUCAGUUUAUGUCUCGUUUUAAAGCUGUGGCCCAUUUUUAUGCAUUGAGCUUCAAAGACAGGUUGAGCUGUCUUUCCUCCCUUUUUCUCUCUGUUGCCACUGGCUGCUCAGCUGCUGACCGGAUGAAAUCUUCAACGUCGAGGCUCACCUUCGUCUACAUCCUCCCCCCUCAGGUGAUGAGGGAGAUGUUUCCUCCUUUCUUUAUUUCUCUUCUCGCUCCCACUCCUUUGCUUCCCUCCUCUCUGGGAAAUUUUGUCUGAGGGCAUUUUGUCCUGACACUGUAGAGGGGAUUCAAUUCAGCCAGAUUAUGUAGUGCUCAUUUUAUAUGCACAUUAAUGUGUGUUCAAUAUCUACUGGACAUCCAGUUCAUAAUCAACAGUAACAGAGAGACAGAGUGCUUUUAAAGGUCUCAGUAUGCUUCAAACGAACUUGGUUGUGGAAUAUGUUGUCCUAACGUAUCUAAAGGGAAAAUGUUUAUAGAUGUACUGAGUGACCACAGUUGAAGAUUGAGUAAUAGUUAAUUAAACUUUGAUUAAUAGUUACUUGACUGUUAACUUUUUAAGUCUUUCUUAACAUUUAUUAAGCAGUUGUAAAGGUUUAUAGAUAUCAGUUGCAACACUGUAAUGUCUAUCCAAAUAAUGUAUAUAGAUGAAAUACUCAGUACUAAUUAAGCAUUUACAUUAAGUAUCAGUUGCAUAAUUUGCAACGUUACAAUACAGUUGUAUUAAUAAGAUAUUGAUAAUUAAAAACAGUUUCUUACUAAUUGGUGUAUAAAGCAUUUCAUGGUUUGUUAAAAAAAAAUCAAAUAACAAUUAAAGUUAAAUUUACCAUAUUUAAACAAUAGUUGGUAUAGUGUUACUUUUAAAUGUAUAGGUAAUCAACAGUAGUUUAUAGAUAUUUCACUGUAAAUAAAAAAUGAAAUGCUUAAUAGACCACUUAUUAAGCAACUGUAAUGGUUUAUAAGCAUUGGUUGCAACUAUCAUGGCCUCCAGAUGUACUUCACAGUAAGUUUACUGUAUAUAUGUAUUAACCAUUUACAGUAUUAUGAAUAUCAGUUGCAACUUUACAAUAAACAAUUGCUUAAUAAAUGUUUGAUAACGUUUAUUAGUGCUCGUUAACAGUGAAGUUACUAUAAAAAAAGUGUAUUUAACCAUAAAUCCAAUGUGUAUUAAUGAUUGAUAUUAUAAAGUGUUACCAAAGAUAACACAACACUGCUCACUGUCACACCUCUGCAAAUUUGCCAGCUGCUGCGUAAAAUGUUUUAGAUUGACUAUUUUGGAAAGGCGCAGUUAUCGUUAAUUGAACUCCUUGGAUUAUGCCAUCAGGACGAGAACUCUAGAAGCUGUUGAAAAAAAAACAAAAACUGACAAGCUCUUAAUUUGAAGCAUCUGUGUUGCAAAUGUUUCACAUAAAAACAACCAAAAAAAAACAGAAAAAAAAAGCAACACCUGCAACAUUGUAAUGGUUUACCUAUUGUAUCUUGCAGACACAGACUAUUAUAUUCUGAGAAAUAAUAUAUCCAAUUCUCUGAACACAUAGAAAGCAAGUUUAUGAUUCACAAGUCAGAGCUGGACAGAAUCACCCAAACAAUUGUUUUAUUUUGACCUCCGGUCCAUGUUCACCUGUCAUUACUUGGACGUGUGCACUGUUCUUCCUUCAUGUUUUGCAGAAGUGUGAGGUUUGAUACAGAGUUUUCCUGCUGUCAGCAGUGUUCACUGCCUUCCCUCGCUCUCCCGUCGUCUUCACCAACAUUACACAGACAUGACAAGUGAUGAGUUAUUGCCUCGUCUCGUCAUGUCAACACACAAAGCCACAAGAGCUAUCCUCUGAUAGUCAUUAGGCUCGGAUAGCUGUUAUUGUCAACAGUGCUCUGUGAGGAGAAAAGAUAGAUGAAGGAAAUGGGGAUGAUUGAAACCUCUGGCAGAUUAUUUCUGUCACAAAUUGUGCGUGCGUGUCAAGUAUCCACUUCAAUCUGCCACUCAUGUGUUGUCUGUUUGUUUGCUCUCUGCUAGACUUUAAUUUUCCCUCUGAAGUGAUGUUUAAAGGCAUUACCUGCCAUUCUUAAUCAACUUUUUGUAUGUUGGAUGAUUGACUUAAUGAAAUAUUACUUGCAAUAACAGGAGCCACUGUACUUUUCACAUAUGAUAAAGUUGAUACUUAUAGUCAGAGUAAGAAUUAAUUCCCUUCCUGCUGAGAGUUUGCUUUUAUAAAAAUAUCUUGGAAUUCUUGCAGUGUUUUAGGUUUUAGACAAAAUACUCCUACAUUGGCUGUUACGGUGUAACCUGAAUCUGACAGAACUCUGAGGCAAUAAAUGGGACACGUUUUAGGAAGUCUUUUUCAGACAUUUUGUCUGCUGGAGUCAACAGCAAACACACCAAUAAGAAAUGCUGAUGUGUUGUUUGUGACUCUCUGAUAUUCCAGGCAUCCUCCCAUCCGUCACUGCAAAUCAGUGUCCCAAGUACAAACUGACAGGGAGAAUUGAAGUGAAUUCUCUGCAGGAACUGUGAUUUGCCACUGUCAGCACCCACCAUGGUAGGAAGCAGACAUGAUUUGACGAUCAAAAUUCAGAGUUCAAGUUCAGACCAGGCCGAGUCAGUGAAUGGCAAAUGGUCAAUACAUUACAUGAAUAAGUGCUAAUGAGGAACUCAAUCCCAGACCCUCAUUGUGCCAAGAGGCUACAUUUGAGUGGUGGCUGAGUUUUAGAAUUUCCGAUGGCAAAUUCCAAGCUAUUAUCCAAGUGUAAUAUCCAGGGGUCACGGUUAAAAGUGUUGUCUAAUGUGACCAUCCAUCAGGUUACACUCACACCUAAAGCUUAAUUUGCCUUUGUGAGCAGCUAAUGUAUUUACAUGCAUAGUAAUUAUCUGAUUUAUCCUGAUAAGGCCAUUUAUUCAACUGUAGUAGUCAUGUACCUCAUUGGUAACCAUGGGACACAUCUGUAAUAACAUUGAAAACAAUAUUGCCAACCCCUUGUAAACCUUCCACAUCUGUAUUUUUAUGGCCAAAAAAAUAAUGACAUAUUGUCUUGAUAUAAGUAAUAGUGUCGCGCCUUCUCACAUUUUGUUUUGUAGUCUGGAGCCCCAAAACUGAUAAAUGUUCUUAAAGGUUAUUAGACAAGUCAACAGUAUAAUUAAAAACAUAAGUUAAUAACAUUACAAUUUAAUAAUUUAAAUAGCGCAAAAGAGAAAUAUAAAAUUUACAGAACCAAUCACACUGUUUGUUUACAUUAAUUACCAUAUAGAAAACUAGCUUACAUGCGUUUUGUUGUCCCUUUUCAUGAGGAUAUUCUCAGUGCAUCUAAUUCAUCAAAAAUAGAUGUUUGCUGUUUUAAUGCUUAAUUAAUAACAACAACUUACUAACAGUAGGUUGGAAUUCUAAUUGACCUGUUUUGCCACGGUCUAUAGAAAAUGAGAUUACCUCAAACUAGUGAGCCAAGAUGUCGCUGUUGGGCAGCAGAAAAGUUAAAUAAAAACCACUACGUUUCUUUGAAUUUAACAGUUACGGCUAAAGAUUACAAGUCUGUGGAUUUCACAUAAUCCUGCGAUGCAAAUCAACCAUAUGUUGUCCAUCCAAGUGACUGUUGUUGUAAGUGUGACGUACCCCAAUUCGGUCUGUUAAAAUAGGAUACUUUAUUUAUUUUUUAAAUGAUCUUUAUUGAUCUUUACUUGCAUGGCUAGCUAGCUUAGCAGAAAAUAUUGUUAGCUAUCUAGCUCAAGGUAUCUUUUGUUAUGAAACCAAAUCAGCUAGGGCAGUUUAAAGCUUUAUCUUAUUACAUCAAGUCUCAGUUGCUAACACUGGACUUCUUGUUGUUAAUUUUGGGGCUUAAUCUUCCUAAUAACAAGUGCAUUUCUAUUCCGUAAUUUUAUUUAUUAAUAUUAAUUUCAUUUCUAAAUAUGUCAAAGUGGCCUUGAAGGAAUGUAGACAAUAUUCAUGGCAGUGUAUUUGUCACUGACAACAUGGUAACAAGUGAUGCCAGUAGAAGCAAAUACUUUUCUCCUAUAAUAAUAGGAAAGGAUAUGUGCUGCUGGUGUGUGAUUGUGGUUGACUGCUAACCCGGAGAACUUCCCAUGCUUUUAGAUAGAAACAGGUAAACCUUGGUUACUUGGGGAAAAUGUAAUCCCAUUAAAUAGUCAGAAUACUUGAAUUAACUACAUACCCUAUUAUACACUAUAUUUCUUAAACUACUGUAGCGCCAGUUAAAUCAUGCUUUAUCUCCUUCAUGAUUACUGGAUAAAUUGGAGAAGGAUCCAAAAAAGAUGGAGAGAAGAAUAAUGGCUGAACAUGCGUCACAUUCAUUUUAUUGAUGAAAUCUUACCUUGGUGGGUCACUGAAGAGUAAAUUCUGAAAUGAGAAAAUAAAUGGCCUGACAUUUUAGUGGCUUUCACCCCAUUUACCUUUGCUGCCCUUGCUUGCUUGUGUUCAAUUAAGUGGAGGUUACAAAUAUACCUGGUUAUCAGACUCGUUUCAGCUGUCUCACAACCAGCUGUCAGCGCAAGAGAGAUACACAUUAUUGCUCGUUCUGGCCCACAUUAAACUGAAACACCUGCCCAUGCCUUUGUUUGGCAUUAACAGGCCAUGACCAAAUGAUCAAAUAUGACCUUUCAUUGACUGUACAGGAAUUGCACAUCCCAGUAGAGAUGUGGACAAAAGCCAUGUCUGCAAGAGGCGCCGCCAGGUGCGUAAGCUAAUGCUUGGUCUCCCAACGUGUUUGUAUUAUUCCUAAUUCUUUUCAGUCUGUGCAUCCAAGGUCACCAUCUGCUGUCCUCUUUUUCUGUAACAGUGAAAACUGAAUGAAUGCAUGCCAUGUAAGAAAGACCAGUUCGUUUCCAAGACCGCAGUAAAGGCUCUUGGAGAACGCUGGCGCUCUGUUUAGAAAAUAAACAUGGAUUUUAUCUACGAGGCCAUUAAGUCCAAGGCCCACACACACUCAUCCCCCUUCCACUCGACGGCACACAACAGCCCCAUGGUCGUGAUUAUUGUUCUGCCUAGCCAUUGACACUCAAUUACCCCAUGUUCUUCCAGAAAUGGAAGCUGUUCAAUCCGUAGAUUUCUGUAUCUUGAGUGUUAAAUGGGUGCGCUGCAAGCCAAUUGGUCGAGUUUACAGCCGUUGUGUCUAAAAUAUAGAGAGAGCAAAAUGAAUUACUGUUGUCUUCCCAACAGUGUUUGCAGAUGAAGGAAUGAAAUGCUUAUUUUCAGAGCAUUUUUCUUAAUCAUAUACGUGUGUCAGAUCGGAGAGUACAACCAGUUUCAUGUCCUUGAAGCAUAUUGAUGUAGUUACUACUUAAGCUUAGUGCAUUUGCUACACCAGUGGCAGAGUUAUACCCAUCUCACAUUCUCGAACGUGUUUUAUGAAUGCAUUUUUCUGGAAAUAAGUCAGUUAAUUUUGAUAAAAUUGGCUGUUGCCCUGCUAUCUAGUUCCAUAAGCCAGCUUUUUGGAUUCUCUUUAUCUUCGUUCUCUCAAAGGAUGGCAAAGCCUAAAUUGGCAAAAAAAGUUGCAUAAAAAAGUUCAAAUAUGGAAACCUUUGUGUCUAUGUAGACUGUUUGUAAUUCCAAUGAAAUUAUUUGAUUUCAAUCGAAAAUUUGGGGGUGACAAAACACAGACAAUAACAAAACUGGAUUGUUCAACUGGAUUUGAAAGACAGUGACAUUCUAAUUAAGUCAGCAUUGACACACUUAAUGGUGUGUGGUUUUAAAUGUUGCUCAAAUGUUCACUGUUUUAAAUUUCCGUGCACAGAUGUAGUCAAUACCUAGGGGACUACAAUGUCUGGUGUCUGUCUCAUAAACAUUCAGAAUACGUAGUAUCCUGGACUAGGGGUAAGACUACUGCUGACACUUAACCUUUUUAAUGUCUUCAAAGGCGCAAAUAUACUUCAGGGUAAAAGAUUUCACUUAGGAGUGGGUAUUUAAGAGUUGGUGGUCUCUUUCAGGUGCUCAUGCUUGGGCUUAAAUGACUGCACACUAAAUGAUCCACGAAGGCAAUUUGAAACGAUUAGGAUGGCACAAAUCCCCACGACUCACUGGUCAAAUCUCUUCCACUCAUUGCAUCACAGUACAGUAAAAGGCUUUUCCUUUCUGACAGCUUACUACCAGCCAACUAAGGACAUUCCAGAAUUCAUAUAAAGGGGGUAAAGUGGAUAUUUUGUAAAUGGCCAUCUUUUUACACACUGGAUCAAAACUAUUUCUAGAUGGCCAUGGACACAAUCUACAUUAAGAUGAUGGAUUGAUUGCUUCAUAUGAACAAAAUUUUAUAGGUUUUCACUGGAGUAUUUAAGAUGUAUGUAUGGGUGCUUCACAUGAGGCAGAUUAACUUUACAUUCCAGUUCUUUAAUUUGAUAAAAAUCUGUAUUCAAAUGAUUCCUCUACAAUCCCCACUAUUUGUGUGUAGCAGAAAAUUCAACAGAGUUGCCUGGUAGAGCUUGAAAUCUGGUUCUUGUGCAGCAAAUCCCAAACCAAAAUUGCAGUCUAAUUUCCCCUUGGGGCACCCAUACUGAUUUUUUUUAUGUGCAUUAAACUGCUAGACAGAGCUGAAGAUUUUGUCACUACCUUCAAGUAGAGGACAAGGUUGUCAUCUUCUCUGUCUUUGUAUCUAUUUGCUUUUUUUGUAAGUGUUCAAGAUUCAUUUCCAUGUCUGUUUUGUGUUUUAUUACAACCUAGGCGAUGUGAUAACGCAAUUGUUGCAUUGCCCUGGCAGCCAUUUUUACAUCUCCCUCAGAACUGUCUCUGCUCAUGUGAGCUGGAGGUUUUGCGGUCGUCGGGCUUUGAAAAUUCGUUAUUAUUGCAUUUUUGUGAAAUCUCGCACUGGGCUGGGCCUAAUCAACUGUUUUUAUUGUUGUGUGUCAAGAGGACUGUUUCUGUAUACAGUAUGUGAAAAUGUUUUUAUUCCUCUUGACUAUUAUAAUGGGUUUUAACCUGUGGAAAAAAAAAAAAAACAAAUGAAAAAGCUCAAAAAGAGAUCAGACCAAAUAAAAUGUAACACUCCUGA